UCAAGGUGUAGAGUAACCACAGGUUCGCGUCGUUCAAUUCACGGUUAACCGUUCGUUCAUCAUCAUAAUCAUAAACUAAAACUACAUUUAAUGGUUUUUAUAAAAUAAUAUAUCAAAUACGCGGAUAUUUAACGUAACAAUAAAAUGUUUAAAUUAUUUAAAAUACGGUCAUCAUUACCGCCAAGCCGCAUUGUUUUUAUAUAAAUGGGUAAUUAUUGUUAUUAGUAAGUGAUUUAAGUGAUAAAAUAAAAGUAAAAAACAUAAUUCGUCUUGUAUACGAUACGACAGAUUAUAUAUUUGCUUUAUAUUGAUACAUUUUUUUCAACAAUAAUCAUAGGCCGUGCGGUGUCUAUGCAUAAUUUAAGAAUUUGGACGGUGUUCUAAAUCUGUUGGUCUUGAUUAGAUAAAAGAAAACAAAAAAAGCAGAGACGAUGUCAGAGAUUGUUUAUCCAUCGGCUUGCAGGCCAGUCACGGAAGAUUUGGGUGCCGAUGAAUUGAUCAGGCGGCUGAAGACACUUGCUCACACACUGCAAGCGAUGGGUCAAGACGAGGGCGCGUACCAGCAGUACAUCCCCCUGGCACUUCACUUGGCUGAGGAAUAUUUUCUCCAGCACCCGAGCAAAGACGUCCAGCUGUUGAUCGCAUGCUGCAUAGCUGAUGUCUUGAGGGUCUACGCGCCAGAAGCGCCUUACAAAGAUGCAGAACAAGUUAAAGGAAUUUUUCUGUUCCUCAUUAAACAGCUGGCCGGUCUUAAGGAUCCCAAAGACCCAGCUUUCAAAAGAUACUUUUAUUUGCUUGAAAAUUUGGCGUACGUUAAGUCAUUCAACAUGUGCUUUGAGUUGGAAGACUGCCAGGAAAUAUUUUGUACACUUUUCUCACUUAUGUUUAGAAUAGUCAAUGAUGAGCACUCUGGCAAAGUAAAAAGUUUCAUGUUAGAAGUUUUGUGUCCACUGAUCACAGAGUCCGAUACUGUUAGUAAUGAACUUUUGGAUAUUAUUCUAAUGAAUAUUGUCGAGCCAAAUAAAACACAGAAGAAAAAUGCUUAUUGUCUUGCUAAAGAGUUGAUCAUCAAAUGCAGUGAAACAUUGGAACCAUAUAUACAAGCAUUUUUCAAUCACGUACUGAUACUUGGCAAAGAAGAAAAAGAAUUACAGAUAUGUAAAAAAGUAUACGAUUUAAUAUAUGAGUUGAAUCAUAUCUGUCCAUCUGUACUGAUCUCAGUUCUUCCACAACUGGAAUGUAAAUUAAAAUCAUCAUCUGAAACCGAACGUCUCAAUGCGGUGGCACUUUUGGCGCGAAUGUUUUCUGAAAAAGGUUCACAAUUGGCCUCACAGCACACAUCACUGUGGCGUGCGUUUUUGGGCAGAUUUAAUGAUAUAAGUGUAGCUAUUAGAACAAAGUGUGUUCAGUAUUCAAUGCACUUUCUGCUAAAUCAUCCAGAGUUGCGUAAAGACAUCACGGAAACUCUAAAGUUGCGUCAACAUGACGCGGACGAGAAUGUCAGAUACGAAGUCGUCAUGGCUAUCGUGUCAACAGCGAGACGGGACUUUGAAGUAGUUUCCGACAGCGAAGACCUUCUGGAGUUCGUCAAAGAAAGGACUCUCGAUAAAAAGUUCAAGAUCAGGAAAGAAGCCAUGUCCGGGCUGGCGUUAAUUUACAAAAAACAUUUAAACGACGCUGAUGUUCCCCAGGCUACCAAGAAAGCUGUCACCUGGAUCAAGGAUAAAAUUUUGCACGGCUACUACAUGACUGGUAUGGAAGAUAGAUUAUUAGUUGAGAGACUUUUGAAUACUUGCCUUGUACCUUAUCAGCUGCCUGCUGAGGAGAGAAUGAAGAAGCUGUACCAUCUACUCGGUACCAUUGACGAUCAUGCAUCAAAGGCUUUCGUUGAGUUGCAGAAGCACCAACUGGCCGUGCGCAGAGCCGUCGCCGAGUGGCUUGAAAUAGUAAAGAAAACGGAGGCAAACUCCGAGCUGAUGAGUAAAAUUCUCCAGAUAUCGCGUUUUCUCCCGGAUCCGAUGAAAGCCAUGGAGUUUUUACAGAAGUUCAGCGCACAUAUGAAGAAAGAUCCCUCACUUUUACAAGGCAUGGAGACCAUAGUCCGGCCAAAUGUCUCCUGCAAAGAGUGCACGGAGACAAUAACAACAGUACUGAAGAAAUUAGGACAGCCGGUGAUGACGAAUCUGUAUUACAAUACAAUUAAAAUGUUACUUGAACGUGUAAGCUCGGUUACUAUUGAUGAGGAAGCCAUCAGAAUACUAAUUGGCUACGUCGAGGACUGUUUGAAAGGCGGUAACACCAUUGAAGAGAUUGGUUUGAACCCAAAUAACGCUGGUGAAAAAGGUCUGAGACUUCUUGUAAUUUUGUCUUUCGUAUUCGGGCCUCAUUUUCUGCACAACGACAUCUUGAAGCAGCUGAUCCACUUACUCGAGCUGGAAGACGAAAUGGUUGGAGCUCUGGUGCUGUCAAUAUUUACUUUCCUGGGCAAGUACCGGCCGCUGUAUGAAGUAGCGCCGGAUAUUAUGAACAUAAUGGUACCAAUGUGCAAAAAUUUUGCGCUGACUGGUACACCAAAGCAAGCUAAGCAAGCGAUACGCUGUCUCUUCGUUAACAUGACAAACAUACACGACACAAUAUUCCCUGAAAUAAUUGAGAGAAUUAAGACAACUCUCAUACCAACAUCUGAGCACUACAGAACGUCAAUAGUAACCCUGGGACAUAUUGCUUACAAUUUACCAGACAAAUAUCAUGUACAAAUAAAAAAUAUGGUCUCUAGGAAAAUAGUUAAAGAGUUGCUGGUCAAGGAAAACAGCGAGUCGACAGCAAAUUCAAUCGAGGGUGACUGGUGUCCCGAAGAUCAGCUGCCAGAAGAGACACGGUGUCGAUUAGAGGGAUUGAAAUGCAUGGCGCGUUGGUUACUGGGACUCAAGACCGACAAUCUGUCAGCUCAAAAGACUUUUAGAAUGUUGAAUGCGUUUGUCGUAAAUAAAGGCGACUUGCUUCAGCAGGGACGUCUCAGUCGGGCGGAAAUGAGCUGGCUGAGACUUCAGGCCGGUUGUUCAAUGCUUAAAAUAUGCGAACAAAAGGGCGUAGGUGAUCAGUUCACAGCCGAACAGUUUUAUAAUUUAUCACAACUGAUGACUGACGACGUGAAAGAAGUAAGAGAAGCGUUUAGCGUCAAACUACACCGCGGUCUUGGCACGGGAAUUCCCAACAAAUGUUUACCCCUCGACUUCAUGGGCUACUAUGCACUUGCUGGCAAGGAACAGGACAAGAAGUUGAAAUAUCUGCUCAAGACACACAUGCAGACGGAUAUAAACCGGAGGAGAGAUUACGUUAAAGCCUUGUCUGUGGGUACUGGUGAGCGUGCUAUGGGACAGUUGCCUCACAUUCUGCCGGACUACAUGCUAGUAUUUGCUGUCCCAGUGUUAGCCCAUGACCCGGAAUUCACUGAUCACCUGGACGCCAGCCAGAUGAAGACAAUCCAGUCGUGUCUUUGGUUCAUUCUUGAGCCUCUUAUUACAAAAAACGAGUACUACUGUUAUGGAUUCUACAAAAAUCUCAUUGAGCGGAUGAAGACACACAAAGAUGCGCUGAGGCCUGAUGAUCACAUCAUGAACUGCAAAUUAUGGGCAGUCUGUGAUCUUGCUAUGAAUGUUAUUUAUACUAAAACCACAAAUUUCGAUAUGAAAGAAUUCCCAAGCGAAUCCCGUAUCCCAACGAUGUACUUCAAACGCUCGGAUGACCUAUCGUCUAAUAUAGCAAUGAGCUACUUGCCCCCAGAGAUGCAAGUCAACAUGACAAGUCCCAAGGGUAAAAAUACACUUCUUAAUCUCGUUAAUGACAAACCCGGCAGGAGGGCGAAGGCUAAACAGCAAAAAGAAGUUGGAAUCGGACCUAAUGAAACUGAUGCCCGACUGCAUAUUGGAGAAAUGGAAUGUAUUGAUGCACAGCCUGCGGAAGCGUCAGAAACUAGAAUUCAAUUGCCUGGUAUGGAAGAAGAGAUUGAUGAACCACCAGCGAAAAGAGCAAGAGAAUCAGAUAAAAUAAGUAAAUAAUUGUAUGAAA